GGAAGACUCAGGAUACCCCGGUGAGUUCUGCGACUCUGGGAGAGGGUUACUUUGUCGUUGUAGGUACAGUUGAAACUGGUAGGUAUAGGUAGAAGGCACACAAAUACCUAAUCUGCUUGGCCAUCCUGGAAAGUUUGGAGGAUUUCAGAAGCACAGGAUCGGCGUACCAAGUGAGUCUCAGGUUUUCCUGAAAGGUCCUGUGAUAUACUCAACAGUUGAACAGUUGAAGUGCAAAACAACUGAAUGGCACGCAGAUUGGCAAAGAGAAGAAGAAUUAAGUGCCCCUUCACAUGAGCCAGGUGGUCGAGGCUCUGCGGCAUCCCGUUUCUUUGAAGAGAUGAAGCAUGCGCGGCUGGUGUCACAAAGGGCCUGGAUUGCGCUGUGCGUUGCCGCGGGGCUGGCGUGUUCCAUUUUCCUGCUGUCGGGCAUGCCGAAGGAAGGGAACGAGCUAGCGGCAGGUGGGGCGCUCCAGACAAGUCUCAGAAGGCACCAAGUUAUCUUGCGGCCCCAGCCAUCGCUGACUCAGCGCAGCGCCGACAUCCCGCUGGUCAUCUAUGAGCAGUACCAUGACGUCAGCUGCCAUCCACACCUCCACACGGGGAACCUGCUCUACCGGGGCCUCAACCAGGCGGCCGGCCAGCUGCGGCACACUGAUGACGUGGACGUCCCCGCGUUCUUCGAGAUCGGGAACGACGCGUACUACCAAAACUUGCUGUGCGAGUUCACGGGGAUCCUGGCGGUCGCCAACGUGCUGAGCCAGGUGCACCCGCACCGCUGGAUUGGGUUUCAGAGCUGGAAAGCCACAGAGAAGCAGAGGGCGCUGACGUCAGCAUCCGAGGAGGCGAUCCUGGCCGCGAUCGCGAAGCCGGAGUAUGCGGACGCGGUGUUCUUCUGGGCCAACGGGGGCGUGCGCGACCAUGGGUGGGGGGACGGGAUCCAGGACUUCUACGGGCAGUGCGACUCGGUGCACAUCUACUGCAGUUUGGUGUACGAGCGCACUUUCGAGCUGCUCUUCGGUGGGCGGUUAGCAGACGCCGGAUACCGUGGCCCGCCCCCCAUGCCCGUUGACGGCGGCAGCUUCAUCUUCAUGAGCUACUUCGUCAUGCGCUCGGCCGCGCUGCAGGAAUACGCGCAGCUCGUCAAGGCGUUCUUCGUCACUCUGGACCGCAUGUAUUUCCACGCGCACCGCGACGGCCAGUUCUGCAUCCUCGCACACGGCAAGGGCGUGCCGGAGCCGGAAGUGCCCGCCGCAAAAGAAUACGAGAGCUUGCACUGCUACUGCUACUUGUUGGAGCGGCUGAUCAACAUCUGGGCCUACCACUCAGGCCGGCGCAUGCUGCACGUCAACGUCGAUACGGGAGAGAUAACGGAACAGCACCCGGUGGAGCAGCGGGACACGUGGCGCCAUGUGUUCCAGGGGGAGGCGCUGUCCCGGGCGCUGAGUGCGUUCGAAAGUGAACUACGGCGGCGGAGCGAAGCGUCCGUGCUGUGGAGUCGUCUAAGUCGAUAGAAGUUUACAUAUCACUGCGUGUACAAUAAUUGUCGCCCACGUGCAUUGCGCUUGAUAAUCGCGCUCGGGUUGUUAUUUACUGAGGUGUUAAGCUGUCAUGAUUUCGCAUGGCUGCAAGGUUUUCUAGGUUGAGAAUGCGGCGGUAAUACCGAUACCUAUAGUGCCUAAAGAGUUGUACCUAGAUUGUGUUUCCACAUGUCGGCAGUCAUCCCCUGACCGACCACGAGCAUUGAAGGAGCACCGGCGAUUGUUCAUUGCAGAAGCUUACUAGUGAGGUCAAACUGUGCCCGCUGGUCAACUUUGAGCGAGGCAAACUUCUCCGCAGAGGGAGCCCCGAAAUGUACAGCAGACUGCAAGGAGUUGUUACUAACAUCUUACGACUUGGCAGUGACCACAGCCGGCUCAUUAGUUGUGGACAUGUCCCGGUCAACUUUUUGGCAAUUUGCGUACUAUUUCUUCUCAAAUGAUUGCAUGUACCAUGGGCC